UGUCCCACUUUCCGAGCAUCUGCCUGCAAAUCCACUGCAAUCUUCAGUCUUCCCGUAUCCAGAGUCACCAUGCCAUCAACCGUCUACAUGUUUUACGUCGCAGCUCUUCUAUCCCUCUUCAUGGGAGGAGGUGUGUGGUGCGACUGUCCGAGUGAAAAUAUUGGAAUCACAGGAGGCAACUACACUCUGAGCAAGGGCCUGGUGAUUGACAGCCAGCUGGUGUACCACUGCCCCGAGGGUUACUACCCGUACCCUGAAAUGAUCCGCACAUGCCAGUGGGACAACACCUGGACACCUCCCUUCAAGAAAUCCAAACCUCAGACUUGCAGGCUGGUUGAAUGUCCAGACCCCACCGUUCUGGUCAAUGGGCUGGUUUUACCGGCUCAGGAGAAAUACUUUGUUGGCAACGUGACCACAUUCGAGUGCUACUCCGGGUUCCCUCUGCGAGGUUCACCCAAACGGACCUGCUUACCAAACGGGAAGUGGAGCGGGUCGACUACCAUCUGCAGCAAAACCACUGGACACAGAUGUCCCGACCCCGGUGUUCCACCUGGUGCCACAAGGUCGGGAAAUAGUUUGGACACACACAGCAAUGUGACGUACGCCUGCAGUGGAGAUCUGUUGCUGGUGGGCUCCAGCAAGAGGACGUGUCUGGAGAACGGCCAGUGGACAGGAACAGAACCAGCUUGCUACUCUAAAUUUACAUAUGACACCACACUGGAAGUUACCUUGGAAUUUGGUAAAUCCAUCAUGAAUACUCUCACCACUUUGGAGCCAGACAAGACACAAACCGGAAGGACGAUCCGGAUUUCUAAAGCAGGAAUAUUGAACAUUUACAUUGCAGUGGACAUUUCAAAGAGCAUUGAAGCGAACGAGUUUGAGCGAGCCAGAGAGGCACUUUUAGCGCUGGUCAUGAAGAUUUCUUCCUUCACGGUGAGCCCAAACUAUGAAAUCAUCUUCUUCUGCUCCAAAGUCUACGAAGCUGUGGACAUUCUGGAUUUCCUGGACAACAAAGCACAGCUAAACACUGUGAUACAGAGGAUAAAAGACUUUGAAGUAGCCGAUAAAAACUAUGGGACAAACCUGAACCUCGCUUUCAAAACCUUCCUGGAGAAAAUGGGCUUCAUAAAACAACGAGUAGGAGAGGAACGUUUUAAGGAGCAUCGGCAUGUUCUGAUCCUUUUUACAGAUGGGGCCUAUAACAUGGGCGGAACUCCUGCACCGACCGUUCAAAGGAUCAAGGAGAUGGUCUACAUGAACCCCACUGGAGCAGCAGAUGUUCCAUCCAGGGAGGAAUAUUUGGAUAUUCAUGUCUUUGCCGUCGGCACGAACAUCUUGGCCCACACCCUGCAGACACUCACAGUGGGCCUUGGCAACAAGCACUACUACAAACUGAAGGAUGUACGGAGUUUGCAGGCGAUGUUUGACGAGAUCAUCGAUGAAUCAGAAGUCAAAGAUCUGUGUGGUCUGCACCGAAGCUAUGAAACGCCAGGCGUUGACGGUAAAAGGAAAAUGUAUCCGUGGCUCGCCUUCGUUUACAUCCAGAGGGAAGGUUCGUCGAGGAAGUGUCUGGGCUCUCUGGUCACUCCUGAGUUUGUUCUGACCGCCGCUCACUGCUUUGUGUUUGGGGAUGGAGCUGAGCAUGUCACUGUUGAGAUUGAGGAUGGGGAUGAUAAGAUCAAACCAGUGAAGCAGUUCUACAUACACCCCAACUACAAGGUGAAUGCGAAGGUGGCAGAGGGUGUGGCGGAGUUCUAUGACUACGACAUAGCUCUGAUCCAGCUGGAAGACUACGUACGGAUCUCUCCUGUCGUCAGAACCAUUUGUAUCCCCUGCACUCAGGAGACCAGUGACGCUCUGCAUCUGGUCGGGAAGUCGACCUGCAAGCAACAAGAGGAGCUGCUCUUCCAGAAUCGAUUUGAACAUCUCUCUUUCCUGACAAGGACGGAGAAUUUGGUGGAUCUGAAAGAUGUCCAUGCCAAGCUCUUGGAUGAAAGACCGGCCUGCAUCAGACAUGCGCUGCAGGCAAAGGGGAUCACCACCAAAGACCCUGAGGUGGCUGUCACCGAUAACUUUCUGUGCACGGGCGGGAUUGUCCCAACUAGGGAUCACAUCGCCUGCAAAGGUGACGGUGGAGGAGCGGUGUUUAGGAGCAGAGAGCAUCGCACCAUACAGAUCGGAGUGGUCAGCUGGGGGACCACAGAGUUAUGUGAGGGCGGCGGUGUGGUUGACUCGCAAGAGAACUCCAGAGAUUUCCACAUUAAUCUGUUCAAAAUGGUGCCUUUCCUAAAGGGGAUCCUUGGAAAUGACAACCAGGAUGAUUACACACCGCUGACCUUCCUGACGGAGUAACAGCUCUUGGUUUUGGUGUUGGGGGAAUGGUGGGAGCCUAUCCAUCGAUCCACGUCAGCUAUGGUGACCGUUGUAAUAAUUCACGUUGAGGAAUGGAAAAUGAAUGUGAAAUGAAAUAAAAGCCUUUAAUUGACUAUAAAUGAUAUAGAUUUCUAUAAAACGUUAACUGAGUAAUAAUCUUAUCUAAUAAUGAAUUAUAUUAAAAUGUUUGUCCAGAAUCUUUACGUAAAAGUAAAGUGACACUGUCGCAUCUUGAGACACAUUACGCUGCUGGACAUCACAGAAAAAAUUAUUGUUUAUGUCAUUUCAUUUGCCCUGACUCAAAACGGCAAUAUCUUUUUUUCGGAACUCAGAAAGUGACAAAAAAAAUGCAUAAGUAGAAUUUUCAUGAUUUUUUUUCAAUUGGUCGUGACUGAAAAUGUUAAAAAAAAAAUCUAUUUUCUGAGAUAACUCAAAAUAAGACUUGUAAGGGUAAGAAUAGAACUUCAAACAUCAUCUUCAAUAUGAUUUCCAUCAUUUGUAACGCAAAUGGUGAUGUGUUUUGCAGUUGUUUUGUGAACUCCAUGCAAUAAAAAUAAUAAAAAUCCAGAAUAGGCGUAAA